GAGAAUUCGAAGCUGUAAAAAAAAUGAAGUCGAUGUGAUUCUUUGCUUUUUCCCCCCUCAAAAUCCAUUAAAAACCAGGCUUCGAGCGGCAAAAUGGCCGAAACAAGAGCUACUAGGAGUAAAGGAAAGAAGCUUGACUCGAUCAUUUCCAAGCUCAAGGUCAAUACCCCAGUAGAAGAGGCGACUUUACCGAAUGAAGGAAAAAAUGAGAAUGUUGAUAGUGGAGGAGAGGCUGAUGUCGUUUCUCGGAGAUCAAAAAGGAAGCCUGGCAAGAUCUUGAGAUACAGAAUAGAUGAUGAUGAAGAAGAGGAGAAAGAAAAGUCACRGCCUGAAAAUAACUGCGAUGAAGAUAAAAACACCAACACCAACGUAGAGGAUGAUUCUUUACCAAAAACUAUCUUUGAGGAACUGCCAAAUGGAGAAGCUGAUUUUGAAGAGGGAGAAGACACAACUGUUCUGUUUCUUCCCUCGGAAGAAAUCCAAGUCAAGGCUGGUCCCUCAGAUGAUUAUUGUCAUGGUCUAUUAGAUGAGCACAAGGAUGGCUAUGAACAAUGGGAUGAGGAAGAAGAAAAAGGGAAAGAAAAGAAGAGAAAGAAAAAGAAGAGUAAAAGUUAUGAUUCUGAUGAGUCCCUUGAUGAAGAUGAAAUGCAACCAGUACUACAACUCUGGACCAUUUACACGUGACGAAUAYGGCAUUGAAGAACAAUGUCGAUGGUGUGGUGAUGGUGGUGACCUAAUCUGCUGUGAUGAAUGYGAAAAAGUCUACUGCAAACCUUGUAUACAGCGAAACUGUGGCAAAACUUACUUGAAAAACCUUCUCAAUGCCCCAGAAGACUUCAAAUGGCUAUGUAUUGUCUGCAACAAGGACAAACCGCUGCGUCAYAUCCAGAGAUUGAAAAAGAAGUGUGAGCUUGUCAUGGAAGCAUUGGACAACAUUAAAGCACGCAAGGCGCACUUUAAAAGCAAGAAGGGCAAGCAGCCUUCUGUAGUYGUUGGACCGACUCCUUUAGAGAGACGAAGCAGACUGACCUAUCUUAGCGAAGACAUUGGAAUWAAGGGAGAAGGGUUUUCUUCCUCAGGAGAAAGUCCUACAAAGAAAUGCUUUCCUAAAGACGACUUGCCAGCGGAGCUGUUUAGUAAAACCGAAAGGGAAGAGGAAAACGAAAAUAAAAUAUUGAAGGGGAAGAAGAAUGGGAAAGAACWCAAGAAGAAUGAGAAAGAGGACAAGAUGGAUAAAGCUGAGGAAGCUAGUAAGGACGAGAAAGAAGUAAAGGAAAGCGAGAUCGAAAUUGAAAGCGAGAACGAAAAAGUUAGCGAGAAUGAAAAARAGAACGAAAAGGAUGAAGAAAUGGUUGACCAUUUGAGCAGCGAGGAGAUUGAAGAACUAAAGGAAACAGCUGAUGUGGACGAUAAUAAACACUAUGAUGAAACCCCAGCAGAUAACACAAGUGUAAGUCAAGAAGAGGUGGUUGAACAGACCAAGAAAAGGCUUUCUUCGCGAAGACUCCAAAGCAGCGAUCAAAGUAUUAGGUCAGAUGAUAUCGAUGAAGAAGAUAAUAAAUCAAAUGCAUCGUCAUCGAGUAAGAAAGGAAAGGUAAAUGCUGUGUCUUCUGACCAGGAAACCACAGGAAAAAGAAAAACUCGGAGCCAGAAAGAUGUCACUGCAGAGUCUGAAGAAAAAGAAAUGUCAGUGGACGAAGUGGUUGUUGACCAAGAGCAAGCUACAUCAGAGGAGAAAAAGGAGAAAAAUUCCACAAUAAAAAAGCAAAAAUCAAUCGAGAUCGAAGAAGAGGAUGGGAGUCCAGAGCGAAGAGUUACUCGAAGUAGAAAAGCACCUCCAAACAAGGAACAGAAAAGCGUGCGAAAAGUAGUAAAAGCAGAGCUAAGCGACAAAGAUAUGAAUGAUGAAGAAAUGAAUGAUGAGAAUAAAGAGAGUAUCCAAGAUUCUUCUUCAGAUGAUGACGAAGAAACGAAAAGAAAUAAAAAGAAGAGAAAGGAAAAGAAGGGAAACAAAGAUGGGAUGACMAAUAAGGUGAAACAGAAGAGGGAGAAGGAAGAGAGUAUCCAAGAGUCUUCUUCAGAUGAUGACGAAGAAACGAAAAGAAGUAAAAAGAAGAGAAAGGAAAAGAAGGGACAGAAAGAUGGGAUGACSAAUAAGGUGAAACAGAAGAGAGAGAAURAAGAKAGUAUCCAAGAGUCUUCUUCUGAUGAUGAUGAAGAAACGAAAAGAAAUAAAAAGAAGAUAGAGGAAAAGAAGGGAAAGAAAGAUGGGAUGACGAAUAAGGUGAAACAGGAGUUAGGAAGUGAGGAGCUGCAUUCAUCUGAAGAUWUCAUGCCUGAGAAAAGACCAGGUCGCAGUAGUAAGAAAAAUGUUAACAACGUUUUGCAAACCAAAUCUGGUGCUACUGAAAAAGAAACGAAGAAAAAUACAGCUAGUAAGAACGAAAUCAUCUUGAUAGAUUCAAGCGAMGAAGAAGAARAAGUGGAAAAAGCGAAAGAACGGAAAGGAAAAGGGAAGGAGAAAAAGAAAGUCGAUGAAACAAGUGUGAAACAAAAAGAAAGCAAAACUGAUAAAAUUAAAGCAAGGUCUUUGAGAAGAAGUAAUAGAGGAACAGAAAAAAAGAAAGAUCAAUUGCAAGUAAAGAAGGAGGAUAKCAGUAGCGAUUCUGAAAGCGAAAAAGAAAAUGUUAAGAAAAGAAAAAGAAAGCGGAAGGAAUCUAGCGAGGAAGAAUCGAUUGCCGAAGAACCUAGCGAGGAAAAAUCGAUUGCCGAAGAACCUAGCGAGGAUGAAUCGAUUGCCGAAGAACCUAGCGAGGAUGAAUCGAUGAAAGAAGAAACAAGUGACGAUGACUCUGAAAGUGGAGAUGAGAGAAUCCCUUUGAAAAAGCGCAAGCAAACCUCUGGAAAGAAACCACAAGUGAGGGAAUCUUCUCCGGAGUCUGGUAUCGAAAAGAAAAAGAAAYCAAGAAAAACUAACGUAACCAAAAAGAAGAAAAAACGAGAUGAAAGCUCCGAGUCGGGAUCUGGUUUGUCAUCUAAGAAAUCAAGCAAAACUAACAUAAAUGAGAAGAAGAAACGACUAGACGAAAGCUCCGAGUCAGARUCUGGUGUGUUAUCCUGGACAGGCAAGAAGAAGACACUGAAGAAUGAAGAGGAAGAUUACAUCUUAGACGAAUCUUCAGAAUCAGACGCUGAAAAGACGUCUGAGGAAAGUGAAGAGAGUGACUCGGAUGAGGACGUCAAGACAAGACGAAGAGGAAGGGGUUUGCAGAAGCAAACGAGGAAGCGUCCACGACCUAUAGAGUCCAGUAGCAGCGAGUCAGAAGAACAGCAUUCUGAGGAUUCUGAUGUUGGAAUCGCAAGACGUACAAGAAGAGGAAGACAAGAGGAAUCUGAAUCGUCUGAUCUUGGUACCAAGAAACGAAAGAAGACGAACACAAAAGGAAAGAAAAGCGAAAAGGAAAAGAAGAGUAAAAACAGAAGGAAAAAGAGAAGGAAAAAUGCACUUGAUUCUGAUGAAGAUGAGGAAUCGGAAGAAGAGUUAAGCGAGAACAAGAGUGAAGGCUCGUCGGAGUCAGAAGAAGAAGAAGAAGAAGAAAAGCCAAAAUCGAGAAAAUCCAAAAGACAAAAGAAAACUCAAAAGAAAAAGAAUGCAAAAAAGGCAGCGGCAAAGGGCAAAAGAAGACGAAGAAUUAGAAAGAAUUCUGAUUCGGACUCAAAAGAUGAUGAUGAUGAUGAAGAUGAAGAUGAACUCGAUGACAAGUCACCACGGAAGGGACGUAAAAAGAUUCGCAAGCUUUUAACUGAUGAGAAGCUUGGUGAAGAAACRCAGAAGGCUCGACGACUAGAAGAAGAAAGAAGAAAGCGCUUGCUCGAGAGAACGAGAAUCUUAGAAGACGAAGAAAUGCCCAAAGAGAGCUGGCGCAUGAGUUCUCUUGUCCUUGAGAAGGAUGACGAGACCAAGGAGCCUCUUGUCCAAGUCCAUAAAGAUUUGAUUCAACAUCUCAAACCCCACCAAUUAUCGAUACAUUCACAGGUAGUAUCUCUGAUCCACACGUUGUUUAACAGUGAUCAGCUUAAUUUCACGACUGCUCUUGUCAUUGCACCUCUCAACACUGUGCUUAAUUGGCAAGUAGAGUUUGACAAAUGGCUUGCUGUGGAUGACAGAAUGGAGGUGRGUCGUCUUGCUAUUCGUAAAUGCCAGAAAUAUAUACAGGAUUUUUUUAUUUUAACUUUUUAUUCGUUUGUUUUUUUUUCAUUCGAUUUAUCGCUCAUCAGACCUUUUCAAUACUCAUUCUUUCUCAUCAUCUUAUCAGGUCCAGACCUCGUAGUGUGUGAUGAAGGCCACAUACUACGCAAUGACCAAUCAGCAAUCUCUAAAGCAGUCAAUGACGUCAAGACCAAGAGACGAAUCGUACUGACUGGUACACCGCUUCAGAAUAAUUUAAUAGAAUAUCAUUGUAUGAUGAGUUUCGUGAAGCCGAAUUUGCUGGGAACUCGGCGCGAGUUCAUGAACACGUUCGGCAAUCCCAUCCUCAACGGACAGUGCGCGGAUUCAACGCCCAUUGACGUUCGACUGAUGAAGCAACGCUGUCAUGUCYUAUACAAGUUACUUGAGGGCUGUGUACAAAGACGAGACUACUCAGUAUUAACCCCAUUCCUGCCACCCAAACACGAGUACGUACUCAAGAUAAGGCUUUCGGAGGUUCAGCGUAAACUGUACAAACAUUACCUGAACACGUUCGUCUACCCAGAAGGCGACAUCUCUGGAGGAAGAGGGGCAUCAUUGUUUUCUGAUUACCAAGCUCUAAUGCGUAUCUGGACCCAUCCCUGGUGCUUAAAACUCGAAGCAAUUCGUCGAUCUUUACGCGCGUCUUACGAAGAYACAGAUGACAGCUUAGAUGGUUUUGUGGUCCAUUCUGACGAAGAGGAGGAAGAAAGUGAGCCUUCACUGCCCAGCGACGAGUCUUUAUCUCUAAGUGAAGAUUCGGACGAAGAAAAGAGUAAAAAGAACAACAAGAAUAAACCAUUCCAACUGGACUCCAGCUCUGAGAACGAGAGUGAAGAUAACACAAGUGACGAAGAAGUGAUGCCUCAACCAUCGCGUCGUGCUACCCGAAGUCAAGCCCCUACGAAGACAGAGGAACCAAAAGAYGUGGUUGAAGUGGAAGACGUCAAUGGCGAUGAUGUGAAACCUCGAACGGGAAGUAACACACGAUCUGGGGCCGUCUUUAAAGAGGAUGAGCCUGUGGCAGAAGAGAAAGAAUGGUAUGAUGAAUUCUUAACCGAUGAGGACGAAUACAACGUAGAGCUAAGCGGUAAAAUGGCAUUGCUAUUAGAAAUUUUAGCAGAUGCAGAAGCUGUAGAGGAGAAAGUGCUAGUCUUUAGUCAAAGUCUCGUCACCUUAGACUUGAUCGAGAGGGCUCUUGGUGGGGGAGAAGUUGGCGGUGACAGGGAGAAUUGGUGCCGAGGAUGUGACUAUUUUCGUAUGGAUGGAUCUACGAGUGUCCAGUUACGUCAGAGAUGGUCGGAUAUCUUUAACGAUGUUGAUAAUAAAACGGCUCGUCUGUUUUUAAUAUCAACCAAAGCAGGUGGUCUGGGCAUAAACCUUGUUGCUGCCAACAGAGUCAUAGUAUUUGAUGUAUCAUGGAAUCCUUCCCACGAUGUUCAGUCAAUCUUUAGAGUCUUCAGGUUUGGUCAAACCAGACCUGUUUAUGUGUACAGAUUAGUCACACAGGGCACAAUGGAAGAGAAAAUAUAUGAACGACAAAUUGCAAAGUUAUCAAUCUCAGAACGUGUCAUUGACAARCACCAGAUUGAAAGACACUUUACUGCUGCAGAUCUUGCCGAGUUGUACAACUUCAACCCUGAAGUGUAUGAUGAAGAAAAGGACAACGAUAACUUGCCUAAACUUCCUCUCCCAAAGGAUGCAGUUUUAGCAGAUAUUAUCAACCGAAUGCACCCUAAAUGGAUUGUUAAAUACCACGAACAUGACUCACUGUUACAAAACGUGGAAGGAGAAGAGUUGACGGAAGAGGAACGUCAAAUGGCCUGGUCUGCAUAUGAAGCUCAAAAGGACCAAGCAAAGAACCAAGAAAGAAUCAAAGCUUUACAGGCAGCAUAUGCCCAACAGCAACUACAGCAACAAAGGCAAGCCAUCCCCCAAAAUACACAGUACAACAAUGUCUUGCUCCGGGAAAUGCAACAGCUACAGCAACAGCAGCUUUCUGAAAGGAUGUCCAGAUACCAGGCUGAUGUUGCACGAUUGCAGCAAGAGCAACAACAGCGGUUCAUGACAGCACAAAAUCAAAACCCUUUGCAGCAGGCACGCACUGACCAACUACGGCAUCAACUUCUACAACAUGUAGGAGCAAAUCAUCCAGUUUACCCAGUACAUGCACARCCUCGUCCAGCGCCUGCUGCUCCUAGCUAUCAACCAAUGAUGAGUUAUCUGUCUCAGCAGCAGAGACAGCAGCAGCAUGUGUUAGGACAGCGGGGUCCUGUAACACAGGUGGCACAGUUACCUCAGAGUCAGCCGUUAUCUCAUCCUCGACCAACUGCACCUCCUAUGACUGUCCAUCCUCAUGGUGCACAGUAUAGAAGAUGAUGGAUUGAAGUCUACAUUAACAAACUGUGCAGAUAGCCAUAAUUUAAAUCUCAUGGAAACAUAUUUGAAAAAACAUGCUUAUCAGAGGUCUCACUUUUAUUACUGUUGCCAGAAUCGCACUUAAGUGUAAACCAUUCAACGAUACACUUAUCCCAUAAGAAAAUACUCUCAUAAUAGGAUGGRAAGCACGUAUAUCAAGAGGUUGCUGUUGUCAUGCUGCUUUUAUUUUAUUACAGAGUCUGUGGUGUAAAAUAAUGAGGAAUGAUAUCCAACUGUGGAACUCGGAAAAAUACAAUGAAUGUAUCUUUGAAGUUUUCAUAUGUUAUUGUAAAUACUCCAUAACAGUAUUUUGUCCAAUAUUCCACUCCAUUUGAAAAUACCUCAAGAUGGAGCAGUCUUAUUAUUGUCAUCACUAUUGUCAUGCCAUGGGGGUUGUUCACCACCAAUGCCAAGUCUGUGUAGAAAGUGGAUGAAACACAGACCAACUACAGUAGUUAUGUAACUAGCCAUUCACAGUGACGCUACUGGAUGUGGUAUUAAGUAUGGUGAUCACAUGUGGAACACAUUCAGAUGGAUACUAAAACAGUAUCACCAAUCCACCUGACAGGUCCAAGGUGUGAUAACAAGCCAUGAAUUACAUAGGAUAGCAUACAUAAGAGUUGCUAUCAUGCAGCUAAUCAUCUUCAGUUUAAGAUGAAGUAUGGCUGAACAACAGCUGCCAUGUCAGCAGCAGUAUACAAUUUSAAGAGAGUCAAGGCAUGAAGUUGUUUUGCAGUGAUGACACAAGAAACAAAGAAUAUACUUCAUAUUUACAAGCAGUAAACUAAAAAUCUUUUACUGGCCUGCGAAAAUUGCCAGCCUAGGAAAAAUAACAUUGUGUAGUUCCAAAAAUUAUCCAUACCCCCCUCASAGAGAAAUGUUUUUCAAGACACCCCCCUAUCACCCAGAAAUUCCAAUUUUCUUCCAUACAAACUUUGUAAUUUUUGUUCUUUCUCUGACCCCCCUAUUCUUUGGAAAUUCCAAAUUCCUAUGUGGGGUGGGUAUGGAUGAUUUCUGGAACUACACAUUAAAGGAAUAUAUUGUAAAUAUGUCAAAUUCAACCUUACUGUUCUUGUUAUAUAUAUUUUCUCUUGAUUAUCUCAGAUUUAGAAACAGUGGUGGUUCAGUGUAAAUUUAGUUGCUCUCUUGUCCUUUUUUAUUAUAUUCUUUCUUGUAACUAAAAAUUAAUUUUAAAGUGCACAUGAACCCUUCGACAAUACU